GUCAUCAAGUAAUCUUUUAGCACAACUUUUAGCAACAUGACUUCAAGAUCCUUUAAAGCCUCUGAUUCCCAACAGGGCAAGCAUUCUGGUGUCACCUUUGCAAGGAGGACCUCAUCGGGUCGGUAUGUGAACUUAUCAAGGGAAUCUCUGGAUAGUGAGAUUAGUGGCAUUGAAUUUGCAAACUACACGGUGCAUAUCCCUCCAACCCCUGAUAAUCAACCUAUGGAUCCUUCAAUUUCUCAAAGGGUGGAAGAGCAGUAUGUGUCAAAUUCCUUGUUUACUGGUGGUUAUAACAGUGUAACUCGUGCUCACUUGAUGGAUAAGGUAAUUGAAUCAGAAACUAACCAUCCUCAGAUGGCUGGUGCUAAAGGUUCUUCUUGUGCUAUACCGGGUUGUGAUGGUAAAGUCAUGAGUGAUGAAAGGGGUGAAGAUAUUCUUCCUUGUGAGUGUGAUUUUAAAAUUUGCCGGGAUUGUUAUGUUGAUGCUGUCAAAACUGGUGAUGGGAUAUGUCCUGGUUGUAAAGAGUCUUACAAGAGCACUGAUUUGGCUGAGAAUGCUGUAGAUCCUUCUGGACGGCCUCUGACUUUACCUUCAAAUGUUAGUAUGUCUAAAAUGGAAAGGAGGCUGUCGUUGAUGCGAUCAGGUAAUAAAUCAGCGAUAGUAAGAAGUCACUCAGGGUUGAUGAGGAGUCAGACAGGGGAUUUUGAUCACAAUAAAUGGUUAUUUGAGACAAAAGGGACGUAUGGCUAUGGAAAUGCUAUAUGGCCAAAGGAUGGGGGGCUUGGAAAUGACAAAGAAGAUCAAGGUGGUGAGCCUUCUGAACUUCUGAACAAGCCUUGGAGGCCGCUUACACGUAAACUGAAGAUACCCGCUGGAGUUAUUAGCCCAUACCGGCUCUUGAUUCUUAUUCGCGUAGUUGUUCUUGGACUAUUUCUUCAAUGGAGGAUUACCAAUCCGAACAAUGAUGCUAUAUGGUUAUGGUAUAUGUCCAUAAUCUGUGAGGUUUGGUUUGCAAUCUCUUGGCUGCUUGACCAGCUUCCAAAGCUAUGCCCCGUUAACCGUGCUACCGAUCUUAAUGUCUUGAAAGAAAAAUUUGAAACACCAACCCCUACCAAUCCCACAGGAAAAUCUGAUCUUCCAGGCAUAGACAUAUUUGUCUCUACUGCAGAUCCUGAGAAAGAGCCACCGCUGGUCACUGCAAACACGAUUCUAUCUAUCCUUGCUGCUAAUUACCCUGUUGAAAAGCUUUCGUGCUAUAUAUCUGAUGAUGGAGGUGCUCUUCUGACAUUUGAAGCAAUGGCAGAAGCUGCAAGCUUUGCCAACAUUUGGGUUCCAUUUUGUCGUAAACAUAAUAUUGAACCAAGGAACCCAGAAACCUACUUCAGCUUGAAGAAAGACCCUUACAAGAAUAAAGUACGUCAAGAUUUUGUUAAGGACCGCAGACGGGUGAAACGUGAAUAUGAUGAAUUUAAGGUUCGAAUUAAUAGCCUCCCUGAUUCAAUUCGUCGGCGUUCUGAUGCCUAUAAUGCUCGAGAAGAAAUCAAGGCCAUGAAGCUUCAGCGAGAGGCAGCUGGGGAUGAUCUUUUGGAACCCAUUAAGAUAACUAAGGCCACUUGGAUGGCAGAUGGAACCCACUGGCCUGGUACUUGGAUGAUUUCUGCUCCCGAGCACUCUAGGGGUGAUCACGCAGGAAUUAUACAGGUUAUGUUAAAACCCCCAAGUGAUGAACCCUUACAUGGAACCUCUUCUGAUGACGGUCUAAUUGAUUCAACAGAAGUUGAUAUUCGUCUCCCCUUGCUGGUGUAUGUCUCUCGUGAAAAGCGUCCUGGCUAUGAUCAUAACAAAAAGGCUGGAGCCAUGAAUGCCUUGGUCCGAGCUUCUGCCAUUAUGUCUAAUGGCCCCUUUAUCCUCAACCUUGAUUGUGAUCACUACAUCUACAACUCCGAGGCAAUCAGGGAGGGAAUGUGUUUUAUGAUGGACCGCGGUGGAGAUAGGAUCUGUUAUGUUCAGUUUCCUCAACGUUUUGAGGGAAUUGAUCCUUCUGACCGUUAUGCAAACCACAAUACUGUUUUCUUUGAUGUCAACAUGCGUGCCCUUGAUGGUCUUCAAGGUCCAAUGUAUGUUGGGACUGGUUGUCUCUUCCGGAGGACUGCUCUUUAUGGUUUUGACCCACCACGAAACAAGGAAUACCACCCUGGUUGCUGCAGCUGUUGUUUUGGUCGGCGCAAGAAUAAUGCCACUGUGUCUUCUGUCUCUGAAGACAACAGGGCGCUUAGAAUGGGGGAUUUUGAUGACGAGGAGAUGAAUCUUGCUUCCUUUCCUAAAAGGUUUGGUAACUCAAGCUUCCUCAUUGAUUCCAUUCCAGUUGCAGAAUUCCAAGGUAGACCACUUGCUGAUCACCCUGCUGUAAAGAAUGGACGACCACCUGGUGCUCUAACUAUUCCAAGGGAACUUCUCGAUGCCUCCACUGUUGCUGAAGCGAUCAGUGUCAUUUCGUGCUGGUACGAGGACAAAACUGAAUGGGGUAAUAGAGUUGGAUGGAUUUAUGGGUCUGUUACUGAAGAUGUGGUGACGGGGUAUAGGAUGCAUAAUAGAGGUUGGAGAUCUAUUUACUGUGUGACAAAGAGAGAUGCAUUCCGUGGCACUGCCCCAAUCAAUCUGACCGACAGGCUUCACCAAGUGCUUCGAUGGGCCACUGGUUCUGUUGAGAUCUUCUUUUCUCGCAACAAUGCUUUUUUGGCUAGUCCUAAGAUGAAAAUUUUGCAGCGGAUUGCCUACCUCAAUUGUGGCAUCUACCCUUUCACCUCGAUUUUCUUAAUUGUAUACUGCUUCCUCCCAGCACUUUCACUAUUCUCUGGUCAGUUCAUCGUCCAGUCCCUGAACGUCACCUUCCUCACAUAUCUCCUCGUGAUCACAUUGACUCUCUGUGCACUCGCAGUGCUUGAGAUCAAGUGGUCCGGCAUUGCCCUGGAAGAGUGGUGGCGUAAUGAGCAAUUUUGGUUAAUUGGAGGCACAAGUGCCCAUCUUGCUGCUGUGCUUCAGGGGCUGUUAAAAGUGAUUGCUGGCAUUGAAAUUUCAUUUACACUGACAUCAAAAUCAGCCACUGAUGAUGAUGAUGAAUUUGCUGAUCUCUAUAUCAUCAAAUGGAGUUCCCUGAUGAUCCCACCUAUUGUUAUCAUGAUGACUAACUUGAUCGCGAUAGCUGUUGGUGUAAGCCGGACAAUAUAUAGCACAAUACCACAAUGGAGCCGUUUGCUCGGAGGGGUUUUCUUCAGUUUUUGGGUCCUUGCUCAUCUCUAUCCUUUCGCAAAGGGGCUGAUGGGAAGACGCGGAAGGACACCAACCAUCGUAUUUGUCUGGUCAGGACUUAUCGCCAUCACCAUUUCGCUCCUAUGGGUUGCGAUCAACCCCCCUGCUGGUGCCAGUGAAAUUGGAGGCUCAUUCCAGUUCCCUUGAUAGUUCCAAAUUAGCUCCUCUACACAUUCCAUUCAAAUUAUUCUUUAGCUUCUACUUCUUUUUCUUCCCUCUUUGUAACAAAAUGUGGCCUUGAAUAUUAUGUGGAUUUUGCCAUCA